AUGGAGCCCACCACCGUAACUUACGAUCAUAUCCAGGAUGUGAUCGGUCAGCUCCCCAUUCUCAAAAGUUAUACUCACGUCCUCCUCUGCUUCCCCCUGGCAGAUGAAAAGCGUACCUCUAUCCUGGCUUCCCUUGAAUCCGCCGCCCACACGGUCAUCUCUGCCCUGCCCUUCCUCUCUGGCAGGGUCAUCAACGAAGGCGCUGGGCCCAAUAACUCCGGCGUAUUCAAAGUCGCACGUUUCCCGAGACAAGAAUCCCCGGACCACCUUUUCGUCCGCGUUGAGGACCGCUCCGCUGUCUGUCCAUCGUACGAUGAGCUUCUCGCCGCCCACGGCCCCUCCGCCAUGUUACCGGGCUACGUGCUGGGUCCCAGGAAGGCCUUCCCGGAGCCGUACGACGAGCGCGAGGACGACCCAGCCCCUGUGCUGGACAUCCAAGCGAACCUGAUCCACGGCGGCCUACUCCUCGAUAUUGCCGCCCAGCACAACAUUAUCGAUGCCGGCGGCAUCUUCCAGAUCGCCAACCUCCUCGCCACCGCCAUGCGCGGCGACCCGAUCCCCAAGGCCCAGAUCGACGAAGCCAACCGGCCCCGUCGCGAGAUCAUCCCUCUCUUAGGCCCGUGCGAGCCUCUCCUCGACCACUCCGACCUGCGCCCUUCCUUUGUCAUCAAAGACCUUCCACCCCUGGCCGCCGUCGCCCUCUUCCAAUGGCGCUACCUCCGCAUCCCCGCCGCCGCUGUAGCACGUAUCAAAGCCAUGGCCGAUGCCAACCCUGAGGACUUCGACCCAUCCACGCCCUUCGUCUCCACCAACGACGCCCUCACGGCCUUCAUCUGGCAACGUCUCACCAUAAUCCGCCUCGCCCGGCUGCAGACCCCCGACGCCAUCUCACGCAUCAGCCGCGCCGUCGACUUCCGUCGCGUCAUGGGCCUCUCCCCAGCAUACCUGGGACACAUGAUCCGAGUAGCCUUCCUCCGCCUCUCAUUCACCGACAUCGUCAAUUCCAGUCUCUCCCGUCUCGCCUCCCUCCUCCGUAAAAGCGUCCUCGACAUCACCAACGAAUACUCCCUGCGCAGCUACGUCACGUAUAUCGCCAAUGAACCUGACAAGGCUAAUAUCGCCUACGGGGGCGGGUUCGAUCCCAAGACGGACUUGUCGUGCUCGAGCAUUGCGCAUAUCCGUGUCCCUGUGUUUGGGGACCUGGGUAAGCCGGACUUGUUGAGGAGGCCGACGUAUCGGCCGUUGCCGUGCUCGGCGUAUACAGCGCCGAUGUUAGAUGGGGAGGGAAUGGAGGUUUUGAUUUGUUUGUUGGGGGAGGAGAUGGAGUUGCUUAGGGGGAAUGAUGUUUGGAGGGAGUUGAUCGAGUAUGUUGGGUAG